GGUUACGUCGAGCGUACUGAUAUUUGCUUCUGUUUCAUCGGCUAAAUCUAGAGCCUGCAUUUCGACUGUUUCGAGGCUCCUCCGCUUGGAAGACGGAUAACGUUACAUUGGAAUGCCCAAAACAGCUUCAGCAGACUUCACCUACAUGUCAUCUCUGAACAGUUUGUUAACCAAGCAGCCGAAAGAGAAAGCAAAAAGAUGCAAGCAAAGGUUCCACCAUGACCCACUGAGCUGCCCUAUAAAAGGACGGCACCAUUUCCAGCAAUUCUCAUCUCAUCAUCACAUCCAAAAAAAACAUUACCCAAACAGCACAGUACGCAAAGCAUCAAGAGACAAAGGAAAAAUGAAGGGAGCUGCAGUCAUUUCCAUGUUGGUUCUGGUUCUGGCAAUGACUCAGCUCAUUGCCAAGCCAGCCGAUGCGGCCAUAAGCUGCGGGCAAGUGGACUCAAACUUGGCGCCUUGCAUUCCUUACUUGACCACAGGAACAGGGGAACCUGCCCCUAAAUGCUGCGACGGAAUCCGGAGCUUGAAGGCCAACACCGCCACCGUCGACGACAGGAGGGCUGCCUGUGCCUGCGUGAAGGCCGCCGCCGACCAUUAUCCGGUCAAGGAAGACGCUGCUUCCUCUCUGCCAACCAAGUGCCAAGUCGCAAUCAGCAUCCCCAUUUCCAAGGCUAUCAAUUGCGAGACGCAUCAACUAAGUGACGAAGAUGAAGGUGGUGAAGUGUUUUGGCGGGUGAUACUAAAUAAAGCUUCCAUGCAUGGAUGGAGCGAGUCAUAAUAAUAUUCACUAUAUAUUUUGAGGCUUUCUCUGCUUUGUUUCUCUGUUUUUGCUCCUGUACUGUUAUGUUGAAUUUGAAUAAGACUACUUUUGAGUAGAGAUAUUUG